CCCGCGGAGACUGUCGCCGGGGUUCGAGGUACGGUCGGCGCGGAGGGACCUGGGGCCAGGAACUGGGUGCGAACGCCUGAGCCGCCCUGUGUUCCGAGCCUGCUGGAGAGCUGGGUGGCCUGAGAGGCCGCGUCUACGAGGGCAGCCAGGACCUGGCCGGUGUAGCGCCCUCGGGUCUGUCUGCGGGACCGAGUCUGCGAGGUGUCACCCCGAGCCUGCUUCAGUCUAAGCCAGUAGCCAAGCUCGCGUCUACGCGGGCGCUCAGCCAUCCGCGUCCCUUCUGCAGCUCCUGUCUGAGGGACUGCAUCUGCACCCCACGCGCUGUGCCCGGGCUCUGGGUGGAGGUCGUGUCUAUGCGGAGUAGGCCCGGACGGGUGCACCCACGUGUGGAUCUCGGCAGAGCGCUCCUCCCACGGCCCUCCCGUUCUCAACAAGAUUAAACAGAGGAGCCCUUGACUGAAGUGAUGGAGGGUGGCCCGGCUGUCUGCUGCCAGGAUCCUCGAGCAGAGUUGGUAGAACGGGUAGCAGCCAUCGAUGUGGCCCACUUGGAAGAGGCAGAAGAAGGCCCAGAGCCUGCCAGGAAUGGUGUGGACCCUCUACCCCGAGCCAGAGCUGCCUCUGUGAUCCCUAGCAGUGCUUCAAGACCCCUCCCAGCACGGCCCAGCCUCUCGGCCAGAAAGUUCUCCCUGCAGGAACGGACUUCUGGAAGCUGUCUUGAGGCCAAGGCUGGGCCUUAUUCUACAGGACCUGCCAGCCAUAUCUCCCCUCGGGCCUGGCGGAGGCCCACCAUUGAGUCCCACCAUGUAGCCAUCUCAGAUGCAGAGGACUGUGUGCAGCUGAACCAGUACAAGCUACAGAGUGAGAUUGGCAAGGGUGCCUACGGCGUGGUGAGGCUGGCCUAUAAUGAAAGUGAAGACAGACACUAUGCAAUGAAAGUUCUUUCCAAAAAGAAGUUACUGAAGCAGUAUGGCUUUCCCCGUCGUCCUCCCCCAAGAGGGUCUCAAGCUGCCCAGGGAGGGCCGGCCAAGCAACUGUUGCCCUUGGAGCGUGUAUACCAGGAGAUCGCCAUUUUGAAGAAGCUGGACCACGUGAAUGUAGUCAAACUGAUUGAGGUCCUGGAUGACCCUGCUGAGGACAAUCUCUAUUUGGUGUUUGACCUCCUGAGAAAGGGACCAGUCAUGGAAGUGCCUUGUGACAAGCCUUUCCCAGAGGAGCAAGCUCGCCUCUACCUGCGGGACAUCAUCCUGGGCCUGGAGUACUCUUUGUCACUCUGCAAGAGAUGUGGGUGGAUGGAGUCUGUGUCCAGCUGCUUGCAGAAGAUUGUGCCUUGGAUGUGUGGGCCACUGGGGUCACGCUGUACUGUUUUGUCUAUGGGAAGUGCCCAUUCAUUGAUGAGUACAUCCUGGCCCUGCACAGGAAGAUAAAAAAUGAGGCCGUGGUGUUCCCUGAGGAGCCAGAGGUCAGCGAGGAGCUCAAGGACCUCAUCCUGAAGAUGCUAGACAAAAAUCCUGAAACAAGAAUUGGGGUACCAGACAUCAAGUUACACCCUUGGGUGACCAAGCAUGGGGAGGAGUCCCUCCCUUCAGAGGAGGAGCAUUGUAGUAUGGUAGAGGUGACGGAGGAGGAGGUGAAGAACUCAGUCAAGCUCAUCCCCAGCUGGACCACAGUGAUUCUAGUCAAGUCCAUGCUGAGAAAGCGUUCCUUUGGCAACCCAUUUGAGCCCCAGACACGCAGGGAAGAGCGAUCCAUGUCUGCUCCAGGAAACUUACUGGUGAAACAAGGGUGUGGUGAAGGGAGCAAAAGCCCAGAGCUCCCUGGAGUCCAGGAAGAUGAGACUGCAUCCUGAGUCUGCAUGUGCCCAGGGCCAUCGGCAGCAUGCUCAUCCCGCACCUCCAGAGGCCCACUGCUCUCAUGCAAUAGACGCCCCUGCGGGCAGGGGGCUGGGGACUGCAGCCCCUCUCCCAGCCCCCCACCCCCAUUGUGCUGCAUGACCUGUGUGCACAGGCAUGUCCAGGGACAGGAUUGGAAUGUAUGUUGUUUGGGGCCUAGGGGAUCCUGGUUCUCUCUGUCCUGGGAAAGCUGGGGCCUGCAGAAUAUUAAAAACCUUACCUGGCUAGCUGUUAAGGCCUAGGGCAGGAGACUGGAGACCAAGAAUGCAGGUGGAGGCCUGGUGGUCUGUAUUUCAGAGAACUCCCACAGUGCUGGUUGGGUCUGCCCAGCUGCUGCACCACAACGAGGGUUGGUCACCCUACCUCUGUAUGGAAGGUACCUGAGUGCCUGUCUACUCAGAUCACCAGUAUCAAGGCUCCAACUUCUGAUGUGUGCCUGGCCUCGCUGGGUAGAACCCAUAUUGGAGAAUUCAGAUUCCUUUUUUAUUGUCUUUUACCUGGGGGCUGGGUGAGAGCAGCUGUGGUAGGGAACAUCUAGUGAGGCUUUCUCCACCUUUGGGUAGUUCCUGGCACACCCGCCAUUAUUUGGCAGUCACUUGGACCUGACUUCAUGGACUGUGUUUUGUACUCCAGAAAAAGGGCUGAAUUGAAUCAAGCUCAGAGCAUAGCCCUGAGCCAGGAGCAGCACACCAUCCCUGCCUACCUCCCUUCCUCCCUUUGUGGAUCCCCAGAGCCAAAGCUGCAGAAGAGGCAUGUGGAAUGGUACCAAGGGCCAUGGACUCCCAGAGCUGUGGCCCUGUGGAUGCUGAAGUAACUGGAAUCCAAGCUCUGAUCCUACACUGGCUUACCAUCACAUGCCUAUGAUGAAGGACAAACUACCCAGGUGGGAGGCAUCACCAGACAAGGGACCUUCAGGAUAUGCACCCUACCAGGCAUGUGGUCCUUCUGCCAGUUGCUUCAGCACAGGACAGUGGACAGUCACCCUGCACAGGCAAAGCUGGGACAUACAUGUGGUCGGUGCCUGUUUGGAGUGGGUGUCAUCUCAUCAGAUUCCACAACUGUCUGACUAGUCUGAUGUUUACUGACAAUGCUCAUAGAGGUUGAUCCUCAGAGGGAGAUAAGCAGGACUCAGGAACCCCCUCUAAAAGCAUCCCAUGGGUUUCAGGUUUCAGAAGGGCUAGAUUGGAGAGGGAAGCUGGGAGGGAGCAUCCCACUGCAUCUCUGUGCCCGUGGGUGUACAUUGUGCCAUCACAGGCACAUGCGUGUGCAUGCCCAUCUGCUGUACGUGGCACAUUCGCAUGUCUUGUACUGGCACAUGCAUCUAGUUUCUAUGUCUACUUAAGGCCAGGGGUAGAAAGUAGCCCGUUAAUGGGCUCCCAUUUCACCCCAGCUCCUCUGCACUAUGGCUGCCAGUGUAACCCAGGGCUUAGAAAAUCAUUUAAUCCUAUCUUUAAGAAUACUUUUAUAGAGUUAAUGGAAGGAAAGUUAAAUGCCAGUCAUUGAAUAGAAAAGCUCCAGGAAGCUUCAUGGAUGGGACUCUCUUUUGGAAAAGGCUGGAGGGCUGGCUUCAUUUUCCCCAGCAGAGCCAGGAAGGUGUGCUCACUGUCACCUGUUGUGAGGUCUUUGGUUGGCAUCAUUGUUUUUGAAUGUAGCACAACUGAACAAACUCCAUAAGAGUGUUUUAAAAAUUAACUUCCUAGGAAGUGAGUUUAAAAAAAAAUAAAAGCCCGUGAGUUU